AUGGCGGACACGGACUUCAGCGAAGGCAUGCUCGAGUGCACUGUGGAUAAACCGCAGAAAGAGAAUGACGGCACCAAAGAUGCCUACAUAUCGUAUCUUAGCGACUUCCAGUCCUUCCAGCGGCCCGAGUUCAGCGUGCGGCGACGCUUCACAGACUUUGUCUUCCUCUGGAAAACGCUGAGCAAAGAGUACCCGCAAUGCGCCGUACCGCCGCUACCCGACAAGCACAAAAUGGAAUACGUGAGGGGGGACCGCUUUGGUCCGGACUUUACGCAACGGCGGGCGAGCUCGCUGCGUCGCUUUCUCAAGCGCCUUACGCAGCAUCCGGUGCUCCGCCGCUCUGCCAUCUUCCUGCUGUUCCUUGAGAGCAGUGAUUGGAACCAGACAAUGCGCUCGCGGCCCCAGCGCAGCAUGAGCGGGACCAGCGGAGACCAAGGCUCAGGCGGCGUGUUCGACAGCUUCACGGACACGCUCAUGGGUGCAUUCAGCAAGGUGCACAAGCCAGACAAGCGCUUCGUGGACGUGCGCGAGCGGGCAGACAAGCUCGACGAGGAUUUGGGACUGGUGGAGAAGGUGGUGGCGCGGGUGGCUAGGCGACAGGGCGAUCUCUCAACCGACUACGCCGACCUGGCAGCGCAAUGCCAGAAGUUGGUCGCGCUGGAACCUGGAGUCGAGCAAUCGCUCACCAGCUUUGCGACUAGCGUCGAGACAACAAGCCAAGGCCUGCGCGGCCUGCACAACCACACCGAACAUGACUACCUGGGUUCUCUCCGCGACAUGGAUGCCUACAUCGACGCAGUGAAGCUGCUGCUUAAAACACGCGAAAACAAACAGCUCGACUUCGAGAGCCUGACCGACUACCUGACCAAGGCGGCGGCGGAUCGUGACACGCUGGCCAGCGCGUCAAGCACAGCCGCGCUCGGUGCGUCUGGAUUCCUGCGUGCCAAAGUGGAAGACAUCCGCGGUGUAGAUCAUGAGCAGAGCCGGCGUGACCGCGUGCGCAAGCUUGAGCUGCAAAUAGAGCGUCUGACGCGCGAAGUGGAAGAUGCAAAGAGGACAUCUGAAGCCUUUGACGAGCAGACGGUCAAGGAGGUCCAGGAUUUUGAGCGGAUCAAGGCGCUCGAGUUCAAGGACACGCUGGGAGACUUGGCAGACGCCCAUAUCGACUUCUUCGCCAACACGGCCGAGACGUGGGAAGUGUUCCUCGAGCAAAUGGAGCGGGAGCAGAGGGAUCAGGCUGAAGCGCAGGCUACUGCCGCUUGA